AUGGACCACUGUCUAUCCCGGGCCGUCAUAUUUGAGGGGAUACCCAUCACCGAACAGAACCAACGACGCACUUCUACUCCUACUACCACAACUACCACCACCAACCACAAUGCCAUGACCACUUCUGGCGCUGGAUGUUCGGCCGAUCAUUGCCACGGCUGCAACUGUGGUUGUCGAACCUGUUCAUGUCCAGCCAUACCAGUUCGACAUGAGUCAGACCGAGGGGCUUACGCUCGACAACGGGCUUUACCCAUCCCCAGCCCUCACAUCGAAUUCCAUGACUGCCUCUCACCAUGUCUUUCGUCAAUCGGCACCGACGAUGCCUGCGGCCUCAACGGCGAGAGCUUCAACAACAGCUGGGAGGUCCAUGACUAUUUCAAUGCUCGACUGACCGCAAGGAACUUGACUCGGCAUCAGAGCACCAACAUGCAUGCCGAUCGCACUCAACACGAAGACGAUGAUUCAAUGAUGGACGAAGACAACGAGAAUCCAUGGCCCGACUUCCUUGAUCGAGUCGACAGUCUGGGACACAUGUCGCCUAUGGCAGAAGACUCGUCAGGCAUGAUCAUGCUAGGAAAUAUGGACGACAGUUCCAUGUUGCUCGAGUGUGGCGGGCGUAGCAACGGCGAUGUCUCCGCGUCGAGCCGUGAAUUAUCUUCCUCCCGGCAAAGUGUCACUGCAAGCCAAAUCCUCCGAGGUGCCGGAGCCGUCUUCGCAAACUGA